CACAUAACAACAACAGAAUAUAGAUUUUGGAUACAUCAUCAUUGCUGCAUUUUGAUAUUUGAAGCUAAAAAAAUAAAAAAAUCUUAAAAUAUGUCAGAAUGCAGAUGAUGAAUAUAAAGAUAUAUGAAAUGUUGCUGCAUUGUUUUGAUUUCUGAGGAAAAAAUGUCUAAUACUAAUACCAUGCACAAGAAACCGGCUGAUUCCCAUAAUGUAUCAGGCCCACAAGAAACACUGGCCGGUUUUAUUGCUGAAUCGGCUAAUAUGGUCUGUGCAGAUUGCGAAACUCCAGAUCCAAAAUGGGUAGCUGUAAACUUUGGAGCAUUUAUCUGCAUCAAAUGUUCAGGUGCACAUAGAAGUCUUGGUGCUCAUAUAUCAAAAGUGUUAUCAGUCAAUUUAGACGAAUGGACACAUGAAGAAGUCAAUACCGUAAUAAAAUGUGGUGGAAAUGGCAUGGUGAAUGCGAAAUAUGAAGCUUCCAUCCCCGACAACUGUAAAAAACCAAAACCGGAUUCUUCUAUAGAGGAGCGUCUUGACUUCAUCAAGAGAAAAUACGAGAUGAAAGAAUUUUUGGACUUCAAUAAACAGAUAUGUCUUCAUCCAUCUCCAUCAGCGUCAAACUUGCAAUGUGCUUCAACAAACUUUGUUGGUGCUAUCAUGGACAAGAAGAAUUCAAACAAUGUCCGUAUGCAUAGUAUUGGCCAAGCAUUUCGAAAUAGCUGGCGAAGAAAAGAUACUGAAAACAAGGCUCCUGUUGCUGCUACUACUACUGCUACUCCUGCUGAAAACAAGGCUCCUACCACUAAGAAGAGUAACUCAAUGGCAGGUAUGGUUGAAUUUAUUGGUCUGAUAAAAGUCAAUGUAGUCAAAGGCACCAAUCUAGCUGUUCGAGAUAUGAUGACGAGUGAUCCGUAUGUUAUCCUCUCACUCGGAAACCAAUCGGUGAAAACGCGGGUCAUAAAAAGCAACCUUAAUCCUGUCUGGAAUGAAAAGCUGAUGUUAUCAAUUCCUAAUAACAUUCCUCCUUUAAGAGUGCUUGUUUAUGAUAGAGAUACAUUCAAAGCUGAUGAUUUUAUGGGUGAUGCCGAGAUUGAUAUUCAACCGUUGGUUUCUGCAGCCAAAGCAUCUGAGAAUUCCAAACAAGAUGAGUCAUCAAACCGAACUGACAAACAGGCAGCAAACAAAGACAACAUCCCGGUCAAAGACGGUGUUAUCACAGUCUCAAAAGGGACGGUGAAGCAAGAAAUCGCUCUCAAGCUACAAAAUGUUGAGAAGGGUGUGCUACAAAUCGAGCUUGAAUGUGUUCCUCUUACCCAAUAGCUGAAUGUGAAGCUGUGACACAACUUUAAAGAAAAGUAUCUCAUAGAUAGAUUUAUUCUUAUAUAAGAAUUUUUUCUUUUUUUUUUGUGUUAAGUAUCAUGGUUCAGUGAUUAGUGUGAUCAAUAUUCUGCUACUAUUCUUAUGUCUGUAUCAUAUUUGAACACAGUUAUUAGUUUGUAACAAAUCGUUAAUUUGUAUAUUCAAGUCUUGAAUUUGUAACUUAGAUCUGUUUAUGGGUACGAGAAUAAAAUCUU